AUGAACUUGUAGACGCGAAGAUCGAUAUGCAAAAUACGACCAACAAACAAUUGUGAACUGCCUAAAAACAAAAGACAGAAGUGGCGCUGUUUGUAGUGUAUUUUGAUAAUUGAUAGUUUGAGAAGUACGUAAUGUGAAAGGUAGCGUCAAUAAUAUGGAACAGUUUUAUGUAAGUGGGUGGGAUGACGAUGACAGGAAUGUAGAAGAAGAUGGGGGUGAGAUACAUUUGGCAGCAGAGAGGGGAGACGUUGAAUCUGUUGAGGAGCUACUAAAAGGCGAUCCAGAUCUUGUAAACGCUCGCGAUAAAGAUGGAUAUACGCCUUUACAUCGAGCUUGUUACGGUGACCACGUGAAGACCGCUGAAAUACUUCUAAGAGCUGGUGCUGAUAUAGAGGCAGGUACAUUGGAUGGCUGGCGUCCUCUACAUUCGGCCUGUCGCUGGAACAAUGCACGCAUAGUUGCUUUACUUCUUGCUCAUGGCGCAUGUGUAAACGCACCAAGUGAGGGUUCACAAACCCCUCUGCACUUAGCUGCAUCUCAUAGUCAUAGUUUGGAAACACUACAGCUGUUGCUAAUGCAUCCCAGUGUCAGACCGGAGCUGAAGAACAGUGUGGAAGAAACAGCUGAAGAUAUUGCAGUUCGAGGAGGACCUCUCGGCUAUCUGUUCGAAGUGACUGAAGAUUGUGUGAAUAAAAUAUGAUUGCUUUUAAUUAUGUACAAAUACUAUAACUACUAUGUGAUAUAUGCGUGAUUUUGAAGAGCAUUCGAGUCGGAAAUUGCUGUAGGCUCCCAGAUGACAAAGUUAUAGGAAUUUGUUGCAACUGGUAAUAGCAGUACGUGAAAAUUUACGUAAAAGCUUCUCACUUAAGAAAGGAACAAUUAACCUAGAACAAAAAUAAUUAGUUUGAUAAUCUGUUUUCUGCCAUUGAUACUUUGUUUAUUUGUGUACAGGAUAUUAAUGUUACUAAAAUAAAUAUUUGUUAUGAUCUCCUCAAUAUUAAAGAAUUUUUAAUAUAUAUUGUGUAGAUGCCCUAUACAUAAACAAUGCAAAAUGCAAGGACAUAUAUACCAUUUCAUGAACAGUGAUGUUUUACCAAUGAAGGCAACAUGGUCCUAAAGGUAUGCAGCAAGGUUGUCUUAAUUUUGCUUGCAGGUAUAUAUACAUUUUGAUUGCGUAUGUCACAUUUUACAAUAAGUGGGAUGCUGCAGCAUGUUAAGAAAUGUACAACUUGUGUCAAAUAUUUGAAGUUACAUAAACAUGCUGCUCUUUUGGAAAAAAAAGUGAACCCCUCUGUUUCUGUAACGUCUUUUUAUUUAUAAAAAUGUAGUAGCAGACUGAUUCCAUAGUCAUGGGUGUGACACUUGAACUCUAUAAAUGAACUGUAUAAUAAUUUUAAAUUGUCCCAU